AUGAUUAAACUUCGCUGGGGGGAGGAAGUUAUGAAAAAACAUGGUACUGUUGACCUCAGUGAUCUCUCAGAUUGGAUUUCAGACAUAGCAGCAGCAGCAUGUUACGUGAGUAGACCGAGUUCUUCAACAAUGAAUAAAACGGAGCCCAGAUCGAAGCCAUUCGUAUAUUCUUCGACAAAACGAUAUGAGACUACUCUGACGACAGCUGAUAGCAAAAAAACUGACAAAUUGUGUACGUAUUGUCGAGAAAAAGGACAUUAUAUCCAGAAUUGUUCAAAAAUAGAUCAAGACGAUGUUGAUACCAGAUGGGAGACUGUGACCAGAAGAAAAUUAUGUUUCUCAUGCCUGAAAAACAAUCACCAGACAAUGAAAUGCAGAUCCAAACGUCAAUGUGGUGUCAAUAACUGCAAACGAUCUCAUCAUAAGCUCCUUCAUAAAGAUCAAUCACAACAAAAUUUCGAAUAUACACAGUCUACCCAGACGGAAGAUCUUAGAAAGGAAAACGUUCUUGCUGUGGGACAAGGUGCGGCAAAUAUUCUUUUGCGGAUGAUCAAGGUGAGAUUGUAUGGAAAAAAUGAUUUUCUGGAAACCAUUGCACUCUGUGAUGAAGCUUCGACUGUGACUCUCAUAGACAAAUCCAUUGUUGACCACCUAGAAAUAGAAGGGAAUAUGGAAUCUCUUUGUAUACAAUGGACGAAUAAUAUGACAUCGUGCUACGAAGAUUCUCAUCGCCUAGACCUUGAUAUAUCGGGAAUCCAUGAAAAUGCCAAGAGAUUCACCAUGAAAAAUGUGAGAUCUGUGGAAAAUCUAUCUUUACCUGUUCAAGUCAUUAAGGAAACAGACUGGAAGAAAUAUCCUCACUUACAAGGCAUUCCUUUCAAUGAAAUUCAAGGACGUCCGAUGAUUCUUUUAGGCCAAGAUAACAUCCGACUCACAGUGGCCAGAAGAGUUAUUCAGGGUCCAGAAAAUUCUCCACUUGCAACAAAAACCAAUCUCGGUUGGAUUUUACACGGUGAUGUGGACAAUUAUCAUGGCAAUAAGGGAAUUUUUCAUUCCUUUCAUAUUUGUCAUUGUGAAACGGUUGCUGACGACGAGCUUCACAAGAUGGUGAAACACUCUUUUAGUACUGAAGCCUUUGGAGUUCAAGUAGCUAUAAAAUCCAACAAAAAAGACAGCAGGGCGCGUGAAAUAAUGCAAAAAACUGCAAAACGAAUCGGUGACCGAUUUGAAAUAGGACUGCUCUGGAGGGAGAACGAUAUUCACUUGCCUGAAAGUAAAAAUGUAGCCGUUCGAAGACUUAUGUGUGUAGAAAAACAGAUGCACAAAGAUGAAAAUUUCAAGAGAAGAUACUGUGAGAAAAUUGAAAGUUACUUAAGGAAAGGAUAUGCCAGGAAGCUGUCAGCUGAAGAAGCAUCUGAAGAAGGUCCUCGUUGCUGGUACUUACCUCAUUUUGGAGUAAUAAAUCCGAAUAAACCAGCCAAGCUACGACUUGUUUUCGAUGCUGCUUCAAAGUCGUGUGGAACUUCCCUAAAUGAAAAUUUACUUGCUGGACCAGACCUCUUACAACCAUUGGUGGAAGUAUUGAUAAAGUUUAGACAACGAAAGAUCGCCUUCUGCAGUGAUGUUCGUGAGAUGUUCCAUCAAGUCAAGAUCAUUACUUCGGAUCAAUGCUCCCAAAGAUUUCUCUGGAGAGAAGGAAAUACCCAAAAACCACACGAUGUUUAUGAAAUGCAAGUCAUGACAUUUGGUGCUACCUGUUCUCCGACUUGCGCACAAUUCGUUAAGAAUCUGAAUGCCCGACAACUAACCCAAAGACAAGAUAUUUUGGAUGCUAUUGAGAUGAAACACUAUGUCGAUGAUUAUUUAGACUGCACCGACACUGUAGACGAAGCCUUAGAAAAGAUUUUUGAAGUGAAACGUAUUCAAAAUUUGGGUGGAUUUGAAUUAGUUGACUGGACAUCAAACUCUAAAGAUGUUAUGGAUGCUCUUUCUACACAAGAAGAUUUUAUAUGCAAAGAUCUUGAUUUGGACUCUGAUAGGUCGAUACAACGAAUUUUAGAACUUUCCUGGGAUUCAAAAUUAGAUAGCUUCUGUUUUAAACUGAAAUCCAUCAUUUUUGAGGUCGAAACCAGAAAUGGCACAACGAAAAGACAAAUUCUGAAAAUAGUGAUGUCCAUUUUCGACCCAUUAGGACUUAUUGCUAAUUUGACAGUACGAGGAAGAAUCCUCAUUCAAGAUAUAUGGAAAUCCGGAAUUGGUUUGUCGAACAUGAACCAUAUAAGACAUGGAAAUUAUGGCUUUUGGAUCUUCAAAAAAUUACAAAUAUUUCUAUACCUAGGUGCUAUUCAACGAGUAUUUCUAAGGCUGAAAGAGUAG